GUCUACAAGAUGUAACGCAAUAUACCCAUAUUAAAUCCACAUCUUGGAUGGUCGCUUGCUCAUAUGCGAUUUGCAUGAUAUGGAUAUCCUGCCGUUGGUCAAAAGGGGCUCUUAACAAAUUGCUUGCGGCUUCCUUGAUCAUCAAUAUGACGGCCAUUUUGGCCGGCGUUAGCACUAGGCCCAUUCGUGGAUAAUACCUAUCUCCUAGAAUCAGGUAUGUUACCACGUAUUCGAUUUCUCAGCAAAUGAAACCAUCGCCGAUGGAGGCAUUGGCUUGAUUUAUGCAGCCUUGCUUUGUAAUAUUAGUUCAAAGAUACUUGCUCGGCAGUACUUCAUGAGUAUAUAUAGAGGAGCAGUUGUCGCACUCUAUGGUAAAAGUGUUCUGAGCCCAGAUCACCCUCGAUUAAUACCCGUGCGAUCUUCACUUUCACUCAUCAUCACUCGUCAUCACCGAGAUUCGUACAAAAUGUCUGCUAGCACAGCUCUACCACCGGCCCCUCCGGCCAAGUCCCCUCUAGGCCGCUACCGUCUCCUUUCCCCUACCGCAUCAGUCCGCGUCAGCCCCCUAUGCCUAGGUGCGAUGAAUUUCGGAGACGCUUGGAAAGACUACAUGGGCGAGUGCGACGAGAAAACCACCGAGGAAAUCCUCGACUACUUCUACGACCAGGGGGGCAACUUCAUCGACACGUCGAACAACUACCAGUUCGAGGAGUCGGAGAAGCGCCUCGGCGCCUGGAUGAAGCGGCGCGGCAACCGCGACGAGAUCGUCCUCGCCACCAAGUUCACCACCAACUUCCGCUCCGGCACCCGCCGCGACGACGGCGAGAUCAUGAUCAACUUCACCGGGAACGGCUCCAAGAGCCUGCACACCUCCGUCCACGCCAGCUUGGAGAAGCUGCAGACUAGUUAUAUCGACUUGCUAUACGUGCACUGGUGGGACUUCUCCACCAGCAUCCCCGAGCUGAUGCAAUCCCUCAACCACCUCGUAGCCGCCGGCAAGGUGCUAUACCUCGGCAUCAGCGACACGCCGGCGUGGGUGGUCAGCAAAGCGAACGAGUACGCGCGGCAGAACGGGCUGCGGCCGUUCAGCGUGUACCAGGGGCGAUGGAACGCGGGGUCGCGGGACCUCGAGCGGGACAUCAUCCCGAUGUGCCGGGCGGAGGGCAUGGGGAUCGCGCCGUGGGGCGUGCUGGGCAGCGGGAAGUUCAAGACGGAGGAGCAGCGGAAGAAGGGCGCGGCCGCGGGGCGCAAGAACGAGGCCACCGAGAACGACGUCAAGGUCAGCCGGGUGCUCGAGACGAUCGCGGACCGCAAGGGCACGCUCGUCACGAGCAUCGCCCAGGCCUACGUCUUCAGCAAGGUGCCGUACGUGUUCCCCAUCGUCGGCGGCCGCACGGUCGAGCAUCUCAAGGGCAACAUCGAGGCGCUGAAGAUCAAGCUGUCCGCGGAGGAUAUCAAGGAGAUCGAGUCGGCGAUCCCGUUCGACAUCGGGUUCCCGAAUAACUUCUUCUACGGGUCGGAAAUCCCCGAAAUCCCUGCCCAGAUGUGGACGUUGGAACUUGGUGGUACUAUAGAUCAUGUGCCGGAGCCGAAACCUCUCGGCAGAGAGUAAACUCUUACUAUUUUAACUUUUCUAUGAUCUAAUCAUCUUGUACAGCUUAUAAUUGCGAUAGUUAUAAAUCAUUCGUGUUCGUUUAUGAAGCAGUUGCGCACAUAAUAAAAAAGGGGGCGAGGUUGAUCAAGCACCUAACCUAACCUAACCUACGUAAUUCGCAGAA